CACCCGGGCCGCCUCGUCGUGGGCCUGUUGGCCGCGUGGAGGCCGCUGUUCCGGGGCCGGCUCCUGCUGGUCACCAAUACUCUGGGCUGCGGGACGCUGAUGGCGGCGGGGGACGGGGUGCGCCAAACCUGGGAGCGAAGGCUGGCCGAGGACCCCUCCGGGCCGGCACGACCGAUCGACCUGCGCUGCACCGCACGGAUGUUUGCCAUGGGCUGUAGCAUGGGCCCCUUCCUGCACUACGGGUACCAGUGGCUGGACAAACUCUUCCCCGCCAUGGGAUUUAAAGAUAUUCGAACCAUCCUGAAGAAGGUGCUCAUUGACCAGCUGGUGGCAUCCCCUAUCCUGGGCGUGUGGUACUUCCUGGGGAUGGGCUGCUUAGAGGGCCAGAGCCUCAACACAAGUUGCCAGGAGCUGCAGGACAAGUUCUGGGAGCUCUACAAGGCUGAUUGGUGUGUAUGGCCAGCAGCUCAGCUGGUGAACUUCCUUUAUGUGCCUACCCGUUACCGAGUGAUGUAUGUAAACAGCAUGACGUUGGGCUGGGAUACCUACCUCUCCUACCUAAAGCACCGGGACCGCUUCCCUGGCUGUAUGGGCCUCGCCUCUCGCACUGACUAA